AUGGCAACUCACAGAUCAAAAAAGCGAAAAAGAACACCCAGCCAUGCAACGUGGUGUUUACAUCACGCCAGUUCUCUUUCUUUGAAAUCCUUAGUUCGCCACUUUGAAUUAUACGAUCGUCAAUACAGCCAGGCGCGUUAUCGAACUAUUCUUGAUAAGUAUUUUGAACAUGAUGCCAAAGCUAGCCUGUUAGCCGAACUCAAGCAAUGGAAUUUAUCUAUGGACAGCACUGAUUUCUGGAAGGAACAAGCCCGGUCAAAGGUGAUCUCGGAUACCCAUGCUUCCUGCUCAGUUCUUGUGGACCAGAUCAUUGUUGUGGAAGAAACACCUCACGUUGACCGCAGCAACGACUCUCCUUCCGCUACCACCUCCACCUCCAAUGCAAGCACUUCCCAGAAUGAAACCAACUGGGAAAAUACCAACAAGAACAACACCAGCAGCCACAGCAAUGCAACCUAA